AUGGCCAACGGAAUCUACAUCAUCAGCGUCAUGCUCGGGAAUACCUUGAUCCCGACAAUAUCAGGCGUGCAGGCCGAGGCUCAAGGCUGGCGGUGGGCCUACUACACCACUGCCAUCUGCCUAACCGUCAUAACAUUCGUUUUCCUCUUCUUUUUUGAAGAGACAAAGUAUGUCCCAGUGUCUGUUGGACAAUCAUCGCAAGCCGGACCGCACGAGGUGGAGGGGAUGAAAGAACCCCCGGCUUCCGCCACCUCCAAGCUUGACGGCAGCACCAUCGUGCGCCUGGGACACCGAGCAACCGCAACGACCCUUGAGCCCCCACAGAUGAAAACCUUCCGUCAGCGGAUGCAGUUUCUCACCCCGACUUCAGAGCCGCUGUUUCGAGGCUUCGUCACGCCGUUCCGGACGUCCAUGCUGCUGCAUGUCCUGUUCACGGCCGUGCAGAGUGCCAACGCCAUCUUCUUCUUGGUGCUCAUGAGCAGCGUCAACCCCAUAGUCUUCUCGGCUCCGCCGUACAGCUUUGGCACCGCCGGUGUUGGCCUCAUGCUUGUGGGCCCCUUUAUCGGAAAUGCAAUCGGCAGUCUCUACGGGGGCUUCUGCGGAGACUGGGUUGCUGUCCGGCUGGCGAAGCGAAGCAACGGCGUCUUUGAGCCCGAGUUCCGGCUGUACAUCCUCGUGCUUCCGGCGGUCCUCAUGGGAUCUGGGUUGGCGAUUUACGGCGUGACGUUGGACCGUGGAAUGCAUUGGAUCUAUCCCAGCAUCGGAAGUGCCAUGUAUGCUUUCAGCAUGGGCGCCAUCAUGGAUAUAAGUUUCACGGUCGUUAUCGAUACUUAUACGGAUAUUACCGCGGACUGCUUUGUCUUCAUCACUUUUAUUCGAAACGCUGGGACGAUCGCUCUGCCGUUCGGGAUCGUGCCGUGGCUGGACUCCAUGAGCCUGACUUACAUUUUCGUUAUCUGCGGAUGCAUCAGCUCGAGCAUUGCACUCCUCUUCAUCCCGCUCGUGAUCUGGGGCAAGGCCAUUAGGAAAGCGUCGGGACACAGAUAUGAAGCUCUGCGCGUCGAAGUUGCUAGUCCUUGA